CUGGACAUAAAAGAGGGCUGCUGCAUCCUGCAGCUGGAGAUAGAGAAGGGGAAGAUGGCGGUUUCAGCCGUGAGAUGCGGUCGCUUACCGAUAACACCAUUGUUCCACCAUCAUCGUCAUCCCCUGUUGUUUUCAUCGGGUAAAGACUAUUCUUUAAGACGAAGAAAGCUGAACAAUCGUGGCUCAAACCGUUUAUUUUUUUCUGCCCGUUAUUCUCAAGCCCAAGAUCCUUUCUCCUCUCGCCGCCUCGAAGAUACUUUAGAGACCUUGCCUAAACUGGUGGAGGAUAUUGUCCAGACAUCAAUUAACACUGGUCCUCGGGGUGCCCUUAGACUGGCCCAAGGUAUCCAAGCAUUUCUUGGUGUGGGUAGCGAGUGGCUUGCUGAUGUUUCAAAGUCCACAAAUUCAUCUGUUGGAUUACCAACUCAAUCGCAGCUUGGACUACUUUCCCCACUUUAUUUGAGGAGAUUGUUUGAACGAAUGGGAGCAACAUAUAUCAAACUAGGUCAGUUCAUUGCAUCUGCACCCACACUGUUCCCACCAGAAUAUGUCCAAGAAUUUCAGAACUGCUUUGAUAGAGCUCCUGCAGUUCCUUUCGAAUACAUCCAAAAGAUUUUGCGUGAGGAAUUGGGGAGACCCAUAGAUAGUGUCUAUGAAUAUGUUGACUCAACUCCAAUUGCUUCGGCCUCAAUAGCACAGGUUCAUGGUGCAAGGCUCAGAGGCUCUCGUGAGGAUGUAGUUAUAAAAGUCUUGAAACCUGGAAUAGAGGAUAUAUUGGUGGCAGAUCUUAAUUUUGUUUACGUAGUUGCUCGGAUAUUGGAGUUUUUGAAUCCUGAAUUCAGCCGUACAUCAUUGCAGGUUGGUAUUGUCAAAGACAUAAGAGAGUCGAUGCUUGAAGAAGUUGACUUUUACAAGGAGGCAGCAAAUAUUGAGUCCUUUAGAAGAUAUUUGGAAGCUAUGGGACUGACACAGCAGGCUACAGCUCCAAAAGUGUAUCAGUACUGCAGCACCCAACGAGUUCUGACAAUGCAAAGGCUCUACGGCGUUCCUCUUACUGACCUAGACUCUAUAACUUCGCUUGUUUCUAACCCAGAGUCUAGUCUCAUAACUGCCCUUAAUGUAUGGUUUGGUAGUUUGCUUGCCUGUGAAUCCUUCCAUGCAGAUGUGCAUGCAGGCAAUUUGUGGUUGUUACGUGAUGGCCGUAUUGGGUUUCUUGAUUUUGGAAUUGUUGGGCGGAUAUCCCCGAAAACAUGGGCUGCUAUGGAAGUAUUUUUGGCAUCGAUAGCAGCGGAAGAGUAUGAGUCAAUGGCAUCUGCCUUGAUUGAAAUGGGGGCUACAAACAAGGAUAUCGAUGCUGAGGCCUUUGCGCGAGACUUGGAAAAGAUAUUUUUGUCAAUACAGGAUUUGGAUACAGAAAUAGUUGUAGCAACAGCUAGGGGGACAACCACAAAGGCUACUGCUGUCUCUGCUAAUCUAGUUGUUGAUGAGAGGCAAAUGAAUGCACUCUUUCUUGACGUGGUUGGGGUUAGUGAAUCAUAUGGAUUGAGAUUUCCUCGUGAAUUUGCACUUCUCAUGAAGCAGCUUUUGUAUUUUGACCGGUACACCCGUUUGUUGGCUCCCAACUUGAACAUGCUUCAGGACCAGAGGAUCUCCAUUGUUUCCAAGCGAAGAAGCAAAUAAGGGGACGGUGUCAACUGAAUCUCGCUUGCAUGGAUAUCGGUUGUCCUAGGUCAAAGGCUUUAUUUUUGUCUUCUCCAUUUUGGCCUUGUAUCUAGUUCUAUAAGUGUGUAAAUACUUGUCAAAAAAAAUUUUUUGUCUUCACAUUUUUUAAAGAUGCCUAUAAGUUCUCCUGAGGUGGUAUUACCCAGAUCACAUAGAAAUACUAAGAAAGCAGGGAAGAUAUGUACUCGUUUUAUAUUUUAAGCCGAGUAUUCUUAAUGAUUUGUGGUGA